GUUAACCUAAUUUUGUGUUCAAACUGUUGACAAGCAAAGUGCAAAGUCCAAAUCCUGCUUGUGCCUUCUAUUCGGCCUUCUAUAAUAGUUUGUUUGAAAUUAAAAUGGCUCGUGUCUUAGUUGGUGUAAAAAGAGUAAUUGAUUAUGCAGUUAAGGUAAGGGUAAAACCUGACAAGACUGGUGUGGUCACUGAAGGCGUAAAACAUUCCAUGAACCCGUUUGAUGAGAUCGCAGUCGAAGAAGCCAUUAGAUUAAAGGAAAAAAAGAUUGCUUCGGAAAUAAUAGCUGUCUCGUGUGGUCCUCCACAGGCGCAAGAGGUGUUACGGACUGCUUUAGCAAUGGGAGUAGAUAAAGCCAUCCAUGUUGACGUUGCAGGUCCAGAGUAUGAAACAUUACAACCUCUCCAUGUAUCUAAAAUAUUGGCAAAAAUUGCUCAAAAUGAAAAAGUGGAUAUUGUAAUAGUGGGCAAACAGGCAAUAGAUGAUGACUGCAAUCAGACUGCUCAGAUGACAGCAGGCAUUUUAGGGUGGGCGCAGGCAACAUUUUGCUCGAAGAUUGAGAAGGGAGACCAAGAGUUGACUGUUACGAGAGAAGUUGAUGGUGGAUUAGAAACUGUAAAGUGCAAGUUGCCCACUGUUAUCAGCGCCGACUUAAGGUUAAACGAACCAAGAUAUGCUACUCUACCAAAUAUUAUGAAAGCCAAGAAGAAACCGUUACAGAAGAUUACUCCAAAAGAUUUAGGCGUUGAUACCAGCCCAAGAGUUCAAAUUCUAAGUGUUGAAGAUCCACCAACUAGGCAGGCCGGUACUAUUGUUCCAGAUGUGGAUACUUUAAUCUCUCGUCUUAAAGAAAGCGGGCAUAUACAGUGAUAAAGAAUCAAUUUGUAUUUUUGUUAUUAUUGUUUAUAUAAAUUUUGAACAGCUAUUUUCUUGUAAUAUAUUCUUGUAGU